AUGCCGAACGACGACCUCAAGGCCCACGCGGCCUCACAGGAAGACUUCUACGCGCUGCUGGACAUCCCCGCCGCCGCCGGGGAGAACGAGAUCCGACGCGCCUACCGCCGCACCGCGCUCAAGUACCACCCGGACAAAAUCGCCAACCCGACUCCCGCCGACCUCGACAAGUUCCAUCUCCUGCAGAUCGCCUACGAUGUGCUCUCGGACCCGGCCAUCCGCCAGCUGUACGACAAUGCGCGGGAGGCGCGCCAGCGCAAGCAGCGUGAGCGCGACAUGAUGGACGCCGCGAAGCGGAAGAUGCGCGAGGACCUGGAGGCGCGGGAACGCGCCGGUGCGGCGGGGGCGGGGGCCGGCGUGCAGCGUGGCGUGAAGAGGCCGUGGAUGGGUGCGGGCACGGAUGACACGGAUGCGGAGGAGAAGUUGCAGCGCGAGAUUGAGCGGAUUGCGGAGGAUGGGCGUCGGCGCCGGCGGGAGGUCGAGGAGCAGUUGAAGCGUGCGGCUGAUGAAGAAGAGCAACGGCUGAAGCAGGAAGAGGAGGAGGCGAAGCGGGCGGCGGAUCGGAGUAGCCAGCGGGUGGAUCGGUCGCGCGAGGGAGGCGGAUCGAAUGUGCCUGAGCUGGAGCGCGCGGUGAAGGUGCGCUGGUGUUGUGGAUUCGGUGUCAUGGGCUUUAGGGACCCAGCCUGA